AUGUCUAGGCAGCUCAAGAAAAACCAGCCUGUCUCGACCGAAAUCCUCGGGCACUCCAUCUCCAGCUUAACAUCACGCACCGUUUUCCGCUGGACGCCUGCCCAAACUCGAACAUUUGUACACUUCGGCACACACCCUCGCACCCUUGAUAUCUCUCUCAAACAACUGGACAUCAGCCCCUUGUAUCGCAGUCUGGGUUUAGAUCCGGAAGAUAGGAGGAGGAAUGGUCAAGGGGUAUUGAUUGUGGACGUUCUAGAUCCCAAGUUGAAAAACAAGUUGAGGGGGAUCAGGACGAAAGCGUAUGAGGGGAUGGAGAAGAGGGGGGGAGGGGGUGUGAAGGAGGAGUGUAUGAAAGAGGAGGAGGAAGAGGAGGACGAAGAUGAAAUGGAUUUGGAUGAAGAGCAGGAUCAGGGUCUGAGCCUGAACCAGAGGCAAAGGCAGGGUUUGGGUCAGAGGCAGAAGCAAAGACAAGGGCAGAGGCAGAGGCAGAGGCAGAAGCAGAGGCAGAGGCAGGGCUUGAGAUCGAGCUUAAGGUUGAAUCGGAACCGGGAGUCGAUGAUGAGAGACGAUCUCGAUAACAACGACGACAAUAGCGAAGAGACCAACAGUCCCAUGGCCGACGCUGCUACACCCACUCCUGCCCCUGCCACGCCUGCCCCAGCCACGCCUGCUCCAGCUCCUGCUGCGAUUCCUGCUGCUGAAGUCCCAGCUGUCCCAGCAGCAGCUCUUCUCAACGCCGCUAAUGCCGCACCACUCGCUGCUGGUCGGGAUGCCAAUCCCCCAAACCAAAACGGCGACGAUGCUGCACUCUUUGCACAGGAUUACAACGGGAAUGCUGCUCACUUCAACAAAGGCAACAGCGUGGAGAUUAACACUCCUAUGGCCGACGCUCGUACGCCUACUCCUGCUGUUCUUGCUGCUGGACUGCCUGCUGGACUUCCCGCCGGCCCAGCAACAUUCAUGUUCGGCGCCGCCAAUGCUGCACCACUUGCUAAUGUUUGGAACUUCAACCCUCCAAACCAAAACCAAAACGGCCUCGGCAACGAUGCUGUGCCCUUCUUUAGGCAGGAUAAUAACUGGAACGCUGCGUUCGCUGAAAUGCAUGGCUUUGAUGAGUUGGAGCUGCUGAACGGUGUCGGUGUCGGUGUCGGCAUCGGUAUGGGUGACGGUGCAGUUGCCGUCGAUGGCGCCGUCGAUCCUGCUCCUGGAUCUGCACCUGCUCAUGCUCUUGCUCACGCACCUGCUGCACCUAUUGCUGCUGGAAACGGAUACGGAAACGCCAAUGCCAAUGCCAAUGCCAAUCCGCUUCCAAUCGACAUCCACGCUAACGACAAUAACGACGAGCAAGAAGAGAUCCCUUUGAUCGAUGGUAUCUUACCCGCUCCCGCUCUCGGUCUGCCUCCUGCUGCUGGAUUCCCCGCUGAGAGUCCCGGCCCAGCAGCAGCUCUACUCAACGCCGCCGAUGCUGGACCACUUGCUGCUUCUGGCGCCCAGUUUAUUUGGAACCCCCAUCUCCUAUAUCAAAACGGCGCGCCCUUCCUUGGGCAGGAUUACAACUGGGACAAUGUUUACUUCAACAACAAAAAUGGCGAAGAGAUCGACAUUCCUGCUUUUGCUGCUCCUCUCGCUGCUGCUGCAGCUGAAGCCCCCGUCGAGAAUCCCGCCGGCCUAGCACCAGCUCUUUUCAACGCAGAUGGUGCUGCUGCUGGCGCUGCUCCUCCUCUUGCCGCUGCAGCUGGACUUCCCGCCGAAAAUCCCGCCGCACCACUUGCUUUUGCUGCUGCUCCUGGCGCCAACGGCGCCAACAACGCCCCUUUCGACUGGGAUCAGUUCAAUAUCCCAAACCAAAACGGCGCACCUUUCCUGGAUCAUGAAAUCGACUGGGAAGCUUUAUUUAAUGAGAUACGCGAUAAUGGAAAUGGCAAUGGCAAUGGCGAAGAGAGGCAUGGCCGGGAUGGUUUGGAGCUGCUGAACGAUGUCGAUAAUGGUGCACUACCACCAUUUGCUAUCGAUGGCGCCGUCGAUGAUGCACUUGCUGCACCUGCACCCCCUCAUGCUUUUGCGGGUCUUGAUCCUGCACUUGCUGCACCUAUUGCUGUUGGCGGAAAUGUCGAUUUCGACCAAUUUCUAAUCGACAUCGACAACUAUGACGACGACGAGGGUGAGGCGGAAGCGGAAGAAGAGGUUUUGAAUGAUGGUGGACUGCCCGCUCUCGCUCUGCCUCUUGCUAAUGCUGUUGAAGAAGAGAAUGUCGAUGAGGUCCUUGGCAGCGGUGGCGGCGAUGCUCAAGUUGCAGACCAAGCUCAAGCUCAAGCCCAAGCCCAAGCUCAACCUGGCGAGUUUGACAUCAAUUACGAUCCGACCAUUUACGUUUUCGAAGAUGCGGUUAAUGCUCGCCCGAGGAUGGACGUUUCGCUUAGCGAGACAUCCUUCAAGACCCCCAACUUCCUUACAACUGUUGAUAUCCCUCUCUCCCCCGAUAGCGACGGAUCAGACAUUGAGAGCUGCGUUGAUACAGAAAAUAAGCAAGAAGAGCUUGGUAUCGAUUCCGAGCUUGCGGACGUAGAUACCUAUGUCGACGGAGACGAUAAGGCAGACUUGCUAGAUCUGGAGUGGCUUACUCGUAAGGAGCAUUAUGCUAGCACCGUGCCGAUAGACGUUGAUACCCAUGUUGGUAGAGAUGAAGAGGCAGAUGUUGCAAAAAGGCUUGCCGGCAUCAAGUCUGCCAGCACGCAUAAGACAUACUUAAAGGUCUUCCGGCUCGUGUACGAACGAGCGAAUAGAAGGAAGAUCGACGAGAAGAUUAACCGUCCUCAGGAAUCUAGCGAAGAAGUCCCGCUCGUAUAUCGAGGAUCUCGCAAGCGUCUUGCAGACCAAGGGGACUACGACGAAGCGAAAUGGCGGGCCCUAGCGGAUCCUGAUCAAGUUCACGUGCGAGUUCACCAAGAUGUAUCUCGACAUAAAAGAAGCCUGAGACGUCCGGCUCAUAUAGAAGCCAAGGAUACCUUGAUACUUCCCGAGAUUAUCUUUAAUCCGUCCCUGACCUUCAGACCGCACGUCGCCCUCUUGAGCCUUAUUUUUGCUGAUAAUGCGUUCUUAGCCCCGGGCCUUAUGUCGGCCGAGAGAAUCAGGGAGCUGGAAAUCCCGCUUGGCUGUGAGCAACUACCCUUGCGUCUAAAGCCGGAGAUAGCUACUCGGCCUACUCAUAGAGUUCCCGCAGAUCACUCGUCCGAACUGCCUCCGAUACGGUGCAAGCAACGCUUUUAA